CAUUAUUUGUAUCAGAAUAAACAGAGAAAAUCUUACACAUGUUUCUCAAUUAAUUUUCCCUAGUGCUGUACAUGAAGUCAGAGGAUGAAGUGGAAUAACAUUAUCCACACGAUAAUCUUCCUUUCUCUUGCUGGACCUGGAAUUGUGGGGAAUAUCCUAAUGUUUGUGAGACUUGUGUACACUUCCACCUUGGGGACAGAGAAAAAACCUGUGGACCUUAUCCUCAUCCACUUGGCAUUUUCUAAUAUGAUCAUUAUUUGUACUACAGGGAUCAAAAAUAUAGCCACAGUGUUUUAUUUCAGAAACUUCCUCGGAGAUAUUGGCUGUAAAGCUGUGGUUUAUCUGGCAAGGAUGGCACGCGGUCUCUCCAUCUGUACCACCUGUCUCCUCAGUGUGGUCCAGGCUGUCACCAUCAAUCCCAGGACCACCCUUUGGACAAAGCUAAAACCACAGACCUCAUGGCAAGUUCUUCAAUUUCUCCUCCUCUUCUGGAUAGUUAAUGUUCUCAUAAGCUCCAACUUACUCUGCUACAUCAAAGCAGGCAGUGACUUGAACAUGUCUCUACCUAGAACAUACAUUGGCCAUUGCUAUAUGCUGUCAUCAAGACAUAUAAUCAAGUGGCUUUUCCUCUCCCUCAUGACGGUUCGUGAUGUCAUUUUUCAGAGUCUGAUGGGCUGGAGCAGCGGGUCCAUGGCUCUCCGUCUGUAUGAGCAUCACAAGCGCGUCCUCUACCUUCACAGCUCCAGGUGUGCACACAAUUCCCCUCCAGAAAUCAGAGCUACCUGGAGCGUUCUCAUUCUAAUGACCUGCUUCCUUUUCUUCUACUGGGUAGAUUUCAUUCUCUCCUUCUACAUUGGUUACACAGUUACACAUGAUUCUAUUUCACUAAAUAUUAAGACAUUUUUAGAACUUGGUUACGCUGGUUUUAGUCCCUAUGUUCUGAUCAGCAGAUACAGCCAUGUUCCUAAUAUCCUGCACGCUCACUGAGAAGUGUAGAAACUGCAUUCUACACAUAUUCAUAUGAGCUAAAGGUUUGUACACUGUAAGCUGCU